AUAAAAAGAGAAAUGCAGUCGCUACGGUGCAAGAGUCUACCACACCAGAAAAAUGUGAUGACGUAGUGUCUAAUCAAAAUGAUGAUGGAUCUUUUGAAGUUAGCGAAACAAUUUGUAAAGAAAUAGACGUUCCAGUUACCAACGUGGUGACUGAAGUGAAAAAAUCAGAACCAUGGUGGAAAACAGCACUCACUACUAGCUACCUUAAUAUUGCUGCACCACAUCAUAAAAAACAAUGGGAAGAUAAACAUGAUAAAGAACCUGCUACUGAAGAUAAAUAUAUUAUUGAUAACGUUUAUAAAAAGGUUGAAAAAGAUCAUAAGAAAAAAGCUGAUUGCACUGAUAUAUAUCUCGUUGAUAAUAUUACUAAAAAAGUUGAAAAAGAUCAUAAGAAGAUUCAAUCGCCCGACUUCUCAUCAAGUCUUGCAACUGCUAGUAACCCUUCAUAUCUGAAAAUUGCUGUGUCUAAAUAUAGACGUAAAUGGAAAGACAAAUAUAAUAAAGUUCGUGGAUACUUUUCUAAGCAAAUUGAAGAUGCUGAUGCCGAUGCUGAUGAUGAAUAUCCCCCUAAAGCACCUUGUACGCUUAGGAGACGAGAAGAGCCACCGGCUCUACUUGUUGAUAUUGGAAGUGGUACUACUGAUAAGAACGGAAAGAAUGGAAGAUCACCAAUUUCACCUGGUGAAACGCGUUUACAUAAUCUUAGUGAUGAUGUUGAUAGACCAAUAGGAAAAUUCACCGGCGAAAGUCAUAAAGCAGCAUUAAUGGCUAUAUCAAAGAACGGAAAGAAUGGAACAACAUCACGUGUACCUAUUGAAAUGAAAGCGCAUAGAAGUGACCUUAGCAGUGAUGUUGAAAAACCAAUAGGAAAAUACACUGACAAUCAAAUUACAGACUCACCAGAAAUCGAAGGACGUUUUGAAACUAGAAUCACGCAAUAUAUAGAUGAACAUGGAGUUACUCAUACCAGAAGAGAACAUAUUUUUGUUCCUGAAGUUGAAACAACUACUACUGUUCAUGAAGAAAAUAUUUAUAUUGAAUCACCUGAUGUUCAUCGAUCACAAACUCAAAUUGCACCUAAAAAGAUUGAAAAAGAUAACGAGAAAGAAGCUGUAAUUACUGUUAUUCAAGAAUCAGCUUCUCCCGAGCAACAUAAAGAAAUUUCAUCUAAACAAAAAGAUGAUGGCAGCAUUGAAAUUUAUGAUUCAGUAUGUAAGGAGUUGCAUGCCUCUAAAGAAGAAAUUAUUGAUACAAUUAAAGAGAAAAUUACCAAUCCGAAACUCAAGUUACUCGACCUUUCAUCAAGUCUUGCAACUGCUGUUAACAUUUCAUAUCUAAAAAAUGCAGCGGAUAAAUAUGAAGGUGAUUGGGUGGACAAAUAUAAUAAAGCUCGUGAUUAUCUUUCUAAACAAAUUGGUGAUGCUAAUGCUGAAAAAGAAUUAUUGGAUUGUGCUGAUGAAUAUCUACAAAAAAGCCGAGGAAUCGUUCGAAAACCUCAUGGUAUCGCACGUAUCGAAAUUAUUUGCGCUAAAAAUCUUAAGCAGGUCGAUUCAUGGUUUGGUGGUAGUGCUUCCGACCCAUAUGUUAGAAUAUCAAACAUUGUCACUAGUUGGGUGUAUGGUGAUUCACGUGUCAUCUACAACAACUGCAAUCCCGUUUGGGAACAAGUGUUUUAUAUUCCUGUUUAUGAUGUAAAUGAAAAAUUCAAUUUACAAGUUUAUGACUAUAAUGCUUUCUUUAAAGAUAAACUUUUGGGAUUCUAUAUUCUUGAUCUCAAAUCUAUCAUUAAAGAGCUUCCUAAUG